CGCAGGGUUAGUGAGUGACGUUACCUGGUAAAGAUCAUUUAAAAAUAGCUGCAGUCAGCCACCUCCCGCAGAUCCUUACCACAACUGUCUCCGAGCUGACCUGCAGUCCGUGCAUUCAUGGUAUCCACGCCUUCCUACAUCUCCUUCAAAGCUAACAUAGGAAGCAUGCUGCCCUGGGCCAAUCAUUCAAACACCAAACCUGCCACAGCAGACAAAAGCCGGCGCUCCCAAAGCUCCAAAGACAUCUUCAGCGUGAUGGUAACUCCCGACCGUAUCCCUAAGUUCUUCAUCCCGCCUUUGGACGUUCACCUUCAGCGGGAGCGGGGUCAGAGGGCUCAGAGAGGCUCCUCGGCACCAGACCUGCUGCUCUCAGCCCGAGAGGAAGGCUCGAAAAGCCCCAGCUCCGAGAGGAGCUGCUCCGAACCCAAUGUGGCCAGGGAGGGUCUUCAGAAGAGGCCCAGCUGCGGGGGGCAAGCUGCUGGCGACCAUUCCGACCCCCCAACACGCGCUGCCAUGUCCCUGCCCCACCUGCAGAAAAUCACCACCCCUUACGGCUUCCCGGCCCUCGGAGAGGUCCCUCACAUUAAUAGGAAGGAGUCACUUUUCUUUGAAGACGACGUGGCGGAGGUGAGGAGCAGAAGGAAGAGGAGCGCGGUGCUGGACAGAAGAAACUGUGUUAGGUUUAAUGACCGCGGGGGACGUGAGGAGCAGAGACCCAGCAGCCCGGGAUGCUGUGAACCCAUCGCCGAGCGCAGUCCUCAGACCAGCCCCUAUCCCAGGUUCGUGAAAGACAAGAGCAAGUUCCAACUCCUCAUCAAGAAGCACCUCAACAACAUAAAGCGCAUGAGGUCUACUCGAACCUUGGGCCGCUUGGCGGAUCGGAUUCUGAGCCGUCCCAGUGCGUGAGCUUGACAGAGCAGAGAGAGAUUCCUCUGUGCAUCAAGCCAUCGCGCUCCUUCAUCAUCAUCAUCGACCCAUUUGGGCGGGCCAUCUUCAACACUGGCGGCACCCAGCCCGGUUUCUCACAGGUUGCUUGAGUUGCUCUGCGUUUGGAUGCAAGCAAGUUUUUCCCGGCUGUCUUCGGGAUGCAGCAAUGCUAAUCGCCCUGUGCUAAAACGAAUGGCCAUGUCCGAACAGAACAGAGUGUAAAUACAGGCUGCUGCACUGUACCAUGAGGAUUUAGAUUGAUGUGAACUGUACCAGUAUUAAAAUGUACCGCACUUACUUGCACACAAUAAAGCAUUGUUCGAUAGCGUGUUGCUAAUGA